GUAGCUAAGGAUCAUCCAAAGAACAAGGUCUAGUGACCAUUAGUCUCACUACUGUCUCUUCUGAGUAAAGAAAAAAUGGGUUUCAAAGUUCUCUUUUUCUUUGCUAUCCUCUUCUUUUCAGCUGUCUCUGCUUUUGCAGAGGACAACUCUGGCCUUGUAAUGGACUACUACAAGGACACUUGCCCUCAAGCUGAAGAUAUUAUCAGAGAACAAGUUAAGCUUCUCUACAAACGCCACAAGAACACUGCAUUUUCUUGGCUCAGAAAUAUCUUCCAUGACUGCUUUGUUGAGUCGUGUGAUGCUUCAUUGUUGCUGGACUCAACAAGAAGGAUGCUGUCUGAGAAGGAAACAGACAGGAGUUUUGGUAUGAGAAACUUCAGAUACAUUGAAACUAUUAAGGAAGCUGUAGAAAGGGAGUGCCCUGGUGUUGUUUCCUGUGCUGAUAUUCUUGUUUUGUCUGGUAGAGAUGGCAUUGUUGCUCUAGGAGGGCCAUAUGUCCCGCUCAAAACAGGAAGAAGAGAUGGAAGGAAGAGCAGAGCAGACAUUCUUGAGCAACACCUCCCAGACCACAAUGAAAGCAUGAGUGUUGUU